AUGGAAAGAACAGAGGCAGCGGGGUGGAAAUUCCUACGGGACUCUCUCCUACUUUGUCUUUUUACCGGUCACAGUGAGGCCCAGUGUGAUGGCUGUGUGGAGUACUGCUGUGAAGGCUCUCCCCCUUUCUGCUGUUCCUACUACGCCUUUAUGGGAGAUGUCCUCUCGGGCACGGCGAUCUCGGGCAUCGUGUUUGGUGUGGUGUUUCUGAUGGGAGCGCUGGCGGCCUUCUUCCUGUGUGUGUGCAUGUGUGUGAAGAACGGGCGAGGGGCCCGUGUGGACGUGUUCAACACCUCCUACAUCAACACUGUGUCCCAGGGCUACCCAGGACCCCCACCUCCCUACACCUAUGACUAUGAGAUGUACCCUUCGGCCAUGCGCCCCCCUCCCUACACCCCCACCCCACCUAGGACAGACAGCUACUCCCCUCCCCCUCCGUAUCCGGGCUGUAAUCGCAAAUGA